AUGUCGUUGUGUAUCGAAGCGGUGGGCUUCAAUCCUUCGCAGUCAAGACUUCACGGACUUGUUCUUCACAAGAUCGCUGGCUCGCCCGCAGCUAUUGAUCGCCUUCCAAAUAUUCCGCGAUCUGAGAAGUACAGCUUUGUUAAACCACCCCCGGAAAGAAAUUUAAAGAUGGAAAAGCUGAUAAACUUCCAAGGUAAAUUGGCUUCAGUAAGGUCCAGAAUCUUUGAUAGUGAAGAAAGUUUAAGUUUAGAGAUUUUGAUUCUAAAAGACCCUAAAAAGCAUGAAUGGGCCAUACGUAUUUUCAAUCUACCUCCUAUGUGGAAGGACGGAGCUGCAGGGAAGUACUUAGACGUUGUUGGAGUUACUGCUACAAAUGAAUUAGUUUUGUCACCUCGCUUUCCAUCCUACCUUUACUACUACAAUUUCGUCAGCAAAGAUAUAUCAAGAGUUGAUAUCCAGGGAAUUGGAGCGUUUGAGAAGGAACCUAGAGCUCACGUAAUACUGAACCAUGUUGAGGAUGCCAAGAUUAUGGAAUUGUUUUAG